AUGGGAAAGUUACAAAGCUAUGUUGCAGUACUUGCUGUGGCAUUUGUAUUAGUGAUAGGAGCAGCAGAAUGCAGAAAAAUAAAAGAAAAUGAGUUAGUUGACGGUUUUGGCAGUGGCUUAGGUGGAGGAAUUGGAGGUGGACACGGUGGUGGAUUUGGGGCAGGAAUUGGUGGUGGGGGUGGUGGAGCAGGUGGCGGCUUUGGAGGUGGAAAAGGUGGUGGUGCAGGAGGAGGAUUCGGAGGUGGGCACGGUGUUGGCGGAGGUGCAGGAGGAGGCAUUGGAGGAGGUGUAGGUGGAGGUGCCGGUGGUGGUUUUGGAGGUGGAAAAGGUGGUGGCGUGGGAGGAGGAGUUGGUGGUGGAGGAGGGGCAGGAGGAGGCAUUGGAGGAGGUGCAGGCAUUGGAGGAGGUGCAGGUGGAGGUGCUGGUGGUGGUUUUGGAGGUGGAAAAGGUGGUGGCGUGGGAGGAGGAGUUGGUGGUGGAGGUGGGACAGGUGGAGGCGUUGGAGGUGGGGCAGGUGGAGGAGCUGGCGGUGGUGUAGGAGGAGGGGCAGGCGGAGGAGUUGGAGGUGGGGCAGGUGGAGGAGCUGGAGGUGGUGUAGGGGGAGGGGCAGGCGGAGGAGCUGGCGGUGGUGUAGGAGGAGGUGCAGGCGGAGGAAUUGGAGGUGGUGCAGGUGGAGGAGCUGGAGGUGGUGUGGGAGGAGGGGCAGGCGGAGGAGCUGGUGGUGGUGUAGGAGGAGGAGCAGGAGGAGGAAUUGGAGGUGGUGCAGGUGGAGGAGCUGGAGGUGGUGUAGGAGGAGGAGCUGGAGGUGGUGUAGGAGGUGGUGCAGGUGGAGGUGCUGGUGGUGGUUUAGGAGGAGGAGUUGGUGGAGGCGCUGGUGGCGGUGCCGGUGGAGGCUUUGGUGGUGGGCAUGGUGGUGGAAUAGGGGGAGGUGCCGGUGGAGGCGCUGGUGGAGGUGCCGGUGGAGGCUUUGGUGGUGGACAUGGUGGCGGAGUAGGGGGAGGAAUUGGUGCCGGUGGAGGCGCAGGAGGAGGAGGUUUUGGAGGGGGUUCUGGCGGAGGUGCUGGCGGUGGCAUUGGAGGCGGAGGUGCUGGCGGUGGGUUUGGAGGUGGGGCUGGUGGAGGCGGUGGCUUCGAUAGUGAUGGUCGGGGUUUUUGAGUUAAAAUAUAUUCUUAGUAGUAUGUAUACUAUAUACCAUGCAAUGCAAUGCCCAUUUAAGGAACCAAGCACGUAUAACGUACACUAUAUUUAUACAUUAUCGAAAUAAACGAAAGUUUUCUUUCAUGGUCA